AAACAUUCAACCAAACGGGACCCGAAAGAACUGGGCCUGACUGCACGCGAAUUACAAGAAUUCGAGGUGGCUUUCAACAUGUUGGACAAGAACAAAAGCGGUCAGAUUGAGAAAAAAGAAUUGGCCAAAGCUCUCGAUGAUAUCGGGGAGCAUUCGAGCUCCAAAGAGUUGAAUGACAUGUUCCAAAUCUUGGAAAAUUUGGGAAAAAGCAAGAAGAUUGGAUUUGAAGAAUUCUGCCAAUUUAUGAAACAAUACGGCCGACGAGCUCCAAUGAAAAAGAGCAAAUUGCGUGAAGCAUUUCAGAAAAUGGAUCAUGACGGGAACGGAAAACUGGAAAGAAGAGAGAUACGAGAUGUGCUUGAGGCCAAUGGUUACCCUGUCAAUUCGGAGGAAAUUGAACGCAUCAUGUCGUCUGUGGAUAAGAACGGAGACGGAUACAUUGACUAUGAUGGUAUGUUUCUGCUGUAA